AUGGGCUUCAACCUCCGACCUUCUGUCCUAAAAAACAAGGACAAGGCAGAGUUGGAGCAGCUGACAGAACAGCUCACCUCCACCCCCUCAGCUGCCGGUGUGGUUACUGGUACAUCCCCUCAAAAACCACCCAGGCUGCACCAUGGAGGUGACACAGGUGAGACCACUGAUCCUGUCCCUCUACCAGAGACUGCCAGAUGUGAGGGUUUUGUGCUGUACAGAGACCGCCUGGGAGAGUGGUUCCGCUUCCUGGCUGAUGAUGAUGUGAUCCUGGACCAGCUGUUUGGUGACGGUGAGGAGUUGCACAGGCUGUACUGCUGCACUGGAGCAGUCGAGAAACAAGCAACCCUACCAGUGGGACGACUGAUCGCUAUUGACGGCCUGUCGGUACGUGGCCUGACGGACUCAGAACUGUUGGAUGUCCUGAACACAUCAGUGGAUCCCGUUAUCAGCAUCGAUCCACUGGACUUCGAAAUGACCACACCGACCACACUGCAAAGCCUGAUCAGUGAGCCGGUACCUACUGAUGAGGAGGAGUCUAGUGAUGAGGAGUCUAGUGAUGAGGACACUAGUGAUGAGGAGCCUAGUGAUGAGGAAUCUAGUGAUGAGGAGUCUAGUGAUGAGGACACUAGUGAUGAUGAGGAGUCAAGUGAAGUUGAGGAGUCAAGUGAAGAUGAGGAGUCAUGUGAAGAUGAGGAGGAGACACAGGAGAAUGGCGACACUCAGCAGCAGGUCCGCCCUGUCAGGAAGUGGAGACGUGUGGCCGCUUUCUUCUCACGCUGCCGCAGGGCUUUCACUUCAUGCUGGCGCCACUGAA